AUGGUUGUUGAUUAUCAAAAUUAUAAGAGGGAAUGUGACAAUUUUGUCGAUCGUGGUGAUGCAAAGGUGUUGGUUGAUUUGAUGACAAAGAAGAGGGAUGCCGAUCAUAAUUUUUUUUUCGAGUACAAUUGUAUUGGUAGUAAGUUGCAUACUAUUUUCUGGGUUGACAGACAUUUCAUGGUUUUUGUUCCGUUCACUGUGGUCGACAACCAUAACUGCAAUGUCGUUGUUGGAUUAGCUUUGGAUCUUCUUAAUAACACCACGUUUAAGAAACAAUUUUUCAAGCUGGUAUGGAACAUUCACAUAUCCCCUUAUGAGUUUGAGAGUAGAUGGAUGAUUCGUAUUGAGGCGUUCUCUCUUCAAGAUCAUUCCUGGUUGAAAGAUAUGUUUGUUCUAAGAUCCCAGUGGAUCCCCGCAUAUCUUAAAGAGCUUCUAAUGUGUUGCCUUAUGAAGACAACGUCUAGGUUGGAAAGUGUGAACUUAUUCUUUAACUCUUUUUCAAAUAUUGGAAACAAUCUUUUUCAAUUUAUGUUGGGGUUUGAAUUUGCAUUGGAGAAACAACUUAGGGAACAACAUUUUCUAGAUUAUCACAUGAGGACUACCUUACCUAAAUGGUUGAACUACAACAAGUUGGAGAGGCACGCUUGUGAGGCUUACACGCAUUCUGUAUUUUUUGAGGUGCAAACUGAGUUACACAGGGUUGCCUGGACAUGUUCAAUUAAUAGUGUCAAUGCAGACGAGGAAGUUGGCACAUAUUUAAUUGAACAUUUAAACAAAAGAGACGAGAAAAUAGAAGAAUAUAAGGUUGUUUGUAAUUUGAAGGAGUUGACAUUGUUUGUAGUUGCAAUCAUAUUGGUCGACAUGAUUAUUUAUGCAGACAUGUUUUUAAAGUAUUAUUAA